AUGACUAUGAGCCAAGCUGUGGGACUGGAAGCCAGCAAAGUGGUCCUCCUGCCCAGUUGUCCUGGAGCCCCAGGAAGUCCCAGAGAGAAAGGAGCUGCAGGCCCUCAAGGGCAACCUGGACCACCUGGCAAGAUGGGCCCCAAGGGUGAGCCUGGCCCCAGAAACUGCCAAGAGCUGCGGAGCCGGGGUGCCACGUUGAGCGGCUGGUACCGUCUAUGCCUACUCAAGGGCAGAGCCCUCCCAGUUUUUUGUGACAUGGACACCAAAGAGGGCGGCUGGCUGGUGUUCCAGAGGCGACAGGACGGGUCCGUGGAUUUCUUCCGCUCUUGGUCUGCCUACAAAGCAGGUUUUGGGAGCCAGGAGUCUGAAUUCUGACUGGGGAAUGAGAAUUUGCACCAGCUCACUGUUCAGGGUAACUGGGAGCUGCGGGUGGAGUUCGAGGACUUCACUGGCAACCACACCUUUGCCCGCUAUGAGGCUUUCCGCCUCCUCGGGGAGGCAGAUCACUACCAGCUGGUUCUGGGCAAGUUCUCGGAGGGCACUGCAGGAGACUCCCUGAGCCUCCACAACGGGAAGCCCUUUACCACCUAUGAUGCUGACCACGAUAUGAGCAAGUGCAACUGUGCCGUGACUGUCCACGGUGCCUGGUGACACGGAUCCUGCUACCGGUCCAAUCUCAACAGGCGUUACGCAACGUCUGAGGCCACCGCUCACAAGUAUGGCAUCGACUGGGCCUCAGGCCGGGGCGUGGGCCACCCUUACCGCAAGGUUCACAUGAUGCUUCGCUAG